UUUCUGUUUACAUUAUGUGCCGCGUGCCGUGUCAUAAAUUUUAUUCACGGAAAAGAGGUUGACCCUUUUGCAGUGUGAUACAUAUUUAUGAUAAUUGACAAUGGCAUUUUUGAUUAGAUACUAUUCAAGUAUAUUUUUGUUUAUUAUAAAAUGUUAAAUAAGAAAUUAAUAAGAAACGCGUUGCUCGUUCGAUACUGAAGACACGUGGGAGCAUCUGUGAUACAGUAUGGGAUUGCAUGUCUGUCUUUAUGUGCCUAAUGUAAUUGGUUACAUCCGGAUUCUUCUUGUUUUCACUGCCUGGACUGUGUAUAUUAACCCAUUGAGAUUUGUACCCUUGUAUGUGUUAUCAGUUAUAUUGGAUGGGCUGGAUGGCUGGGCAGCACGCCGGCUCCAGCAGACCUCCAGGUUUGGAGCAUGGUUGGAUGUGGUUGUUGACAACGUAGGACGUGGCAUGCUUUGGAAUAUGUUAUAUGAUUGGGGCUGGUUGGUGUCUUCAGUUGAGUGGUGUGUAUUUGUGUGCAACCACAAUGCCAGAGGAGCCAAUUGGAAGAACACUUUCACAGAGAGCCCGGUUUUGGUGCAGGCGGUGAUGGCAAAAGGCUUCAAGACUCCCUUGGGCAUAUUGACAAUAGCAGGGCUUCAUGUGUUGCCAGUGUGGCUGUAUUGCUACCAGCAUGAGGUGCUGUCUCAGGCUUUCUAUGUCCAAAACUGGCUGCAGAUUGUUGGGAUUUUGGUGCUGACAGCAGGGCGUUUGCUGGGUUUUGCGGUUGAGAUGUGGUGCAUCUUUAACCAUCUGAGAUUUUUAUUGUUGGAUGAAGAGGAAGAAAAGAAGAACUAGAAAAAAUAGUAGUGUUUUUCAAUAUGUUAUGGUUUCAGAUGGAAUAGAUGCAUUUGAAAACAAAAGAGAAUUAUAUUUUAUGAGCUUAUUGUUUUGAUCAGCAGCUGACAAAACAUUACAUCCGUCAUUGAGCACAUUCAGCUUGACUUACUUUAUUAAAUGUAAGAUAAAGCAGUUAACCAGGGAAUGUUUUUGCAGGGUUCUCUUGAUAUUUUCUUGAAAAUCCUAAAAAGGAUACAUAUUUAUAUAUGCUCUAAAACACACAGUAUGUUUAGCAAAGAUGGCGCUUUGUACUGAUAUUGUGGUGUUGCUUUUGAUUUUGCUUGAUGUGAAACUUCUACUUAAUGUAUUUAAUGUUGUAUUUAUUGUAUAGAUUUUAUUUUAACAGAUUUAUGUUUCUAAGUUUUAAAUCUUAAACUAUAAAAUUUUACAUGAAACAUAAUUUUUAAAGUUUGAAACAUACACAGAUGUACAAUAAUUCAUUAAAAGGAAUAUUCCAGGUUCAAUACAAGUUUGCUCAAUGACAGCAUUUAUGUUAAUUACUGUAAAAAUUAUUUAGACUUUUCCAUAGUUUAUUUAAAAAAGAAAAGAAAAAAUGGCGGUUACAUUAAGGCACUUAAAAUGGAAGUAAAAGAAGCCAAUCCAUAAACAAUAAACAGUUUAAAAAAUAAAGCCACAACAAUUUAAUAUGAUUUAGCGUGAUAAAAUCAAGGAUUUACAGACAAUACAGCGUUUACCGGAUUAUAGGGUUUACCAGUGUUACAUUGUCAUGUCAACAAAGUUGUAAAAUUGAUUUUAACUUUACACAGUUAAGGUUAGUAAGCUAUUUUUAUCACACUAAAAUCAUGUUAUGUUUACGCCUUGUGGCUAUAUACUUUCGAAAGAGUGUGUUUUUUUAAUAUAAAUGGACUGGCCCCAUUCACUUCCAUUGUAGUUGCCUUACUGUAACCCCUCUUUUUGUUAUUUUUUAAAUAAACUAGAGACAAGUAAAACAUUUUUUUGUGGUAAUCAACAUUAUGCGACAAAUACUGUUGACUGAGCUUAACUUGAACCCAGAACAUUCCGUCAAAGCUGCUGCUUUAAUUUCCAUUCAUGUAAAUUAGUGGCAGGGCCACUGACAGGUCCGUCUCUGAGCAUAUGGGGGCCCUAAUCGAAAUCAUACUUGUAGGCCCAACCCCACCCAUGAAAGGUCUCUCAGCUUUUAAUAUAUUUAAAAUUAAAAAAGACCUGGGGGGCCUGGGUAGCUCAGCGAGCAUUGAUGCUGACUACCACCUCUGGAGUCGCGAGUUCAAAUCCAGGGCAUGCUGAGUGACACAUAAGAUACAUCCAAUGGCUUUAAACUAUCUUUGAAAAAGUUGUAUACUAAUUAUACCCCUCAUAAAAACUUCGUUUCAGGCAGAUUACAACACUUUGAGAGAUUUCACAAGUGGUAUUUCUGGCCUCAGACUAGAAUUCUGAUGACUCUGGUGGAAAAAGUGAGUAAAUAUCUUCCAAAGAUACA